AAUGACGGAUAUGCAAUCAUUGCUUCUGGCUUUUUGCCUGAUUGUGGGAUUGAAGCUGGGACUGGCAGAUAUUUCGGGAAAUGGAACGGAGAGGCCCUAUCCCACCUACUGCACCACCUUUGAAGAGAAACCAGGGAAAUGCAUACACUACAAAAAAUGUCCGUAUAUCGCGGAGGUUAUUACAAGACUGAAGGCGAAGAAGCAGCUCUCUGAAAGGGAUCAUGAAAUAAUGGCAAACUCUCUUUGUUCUGCAAACAAUCAAAAAGUUGUGUGCUGCGAGGAAUUUAACAAUGAUGCGGGAUGGGAGCUAUUGAAGGCUUAUGAUCCUAUAUGUGGAGAGUUCGGCGAUUCCAAGGUGACGGGAGGAAGGGAGAUCAAAAUGGGAUCUAGACCUUGGAUGGCUCUGCUCAAAUACAAUAUCACCGACGUGUCUCAAAGGACCUCUUUCCUGUGCGGUGGUACACUAAUUACUUCGCGUUACGUACUGACAGCCGCCCACUGCAUAAGGCCAAACUUGCUUUCAGUUCGCCUGGGGGAACACAGGAUCUCCACGGAGCAGGACUGCGAUACCUAUGGCUCGAUAGAAACCUGCCUGCCUCCUUACCAAGAUGUUCCGGUGGAGAAGUUUAUAGUUCACGAAGGCUUUCAUGCUUUCACACUUUUCUACGAUAUAGCUCUACUUCGACUGGAUCGAUCUGUGACGAUCACAAGCUUCGUCAAACCGAUCUGCUUGCCAAUCUACGAGGAAGUGAAGAGGAGCAUUUGGGGAAACAAGAACCAGCAUCAGAAGGUAACCGGUUGGGGAAUCACAGACAACUCCCUGCCAUCCGAUGUGCCGAAGGAAGCAGAUGUUAUCCGCAAAAGUCUCAGUGAAUGUGCCCCGGGACGAACUCUAAUGGACAACCAGCUGUGUGUGAGUGCCUUCGUCCAGGACAGCUGCCAAGGAGACUCCGGAGGACCUCUUCUCUACUCGUAUUUGUACCAGGGACAACAGCGAUUCGUGCAGACGGGGAUCGUCAGCAAAGGACCCAAGAACUGCGGUACUGGAUCCACUGCCAUCUAUUCGGAUGUCACUCGAUUUGUGCCCUGGAUUACCCAGAACAUUGAGAUCUAGCGGAUCAAAAAGCAGGACUAACUUUUUUCAAGAUCAGUGGCACUAUAUCUUUUUGUAUUUAUUUUAUAUUAAAAUACGUCACAAUUUUUUGUAUCACUUAAAACUGAUAAUAAAAUGCAUAUACUUACACUUUGAAAA